CUCCCAUGACGUGGGAACUGUGGGAGCUACAAUUCAAUAUGAGAUUUGGGUGGGGACACAGCCAAAUCAUAUUAUCUGACAAGUAGUCAAGGCUUCCAAGGCAUUAGGGACAUAAGACAGACAUGGAGACAAAGAAAUAAUUGGUAGAAGAUAACACUGAGGCCAGGUAUAGUGGUCUGUGUCCCUGCAAACUUCAUAUUCUUAAACCCUAAUUCCAGUGUGAUGGUAUUUGCAGGUUGGGCCUUUGGGGGUAAUUAGGUCAUGAGGGUGGAACCCUAAUGAAUAGGAUUAGUGAGUACUCUUAAACUAAGAGGCUAGAGAACUACCCGGUGCUCUUUCCACCUUGUGAGGAUACAAGUGGUCAGCAGUCUGCAACCUGGAAAGAGCCCCCACCAGAACCUGGCCAUGCUGGCACUCUAAUCUCAGGCAUCUACCUGCAGAUCUGUGAGAAAUAAAUUUCUGUUACUGAUAAGCCACCCAGUUUAUGAUAUUAUGCUAGCAGCCCAAACUGACUAUAACACUAGGACUAGUGCUUAUUCACAUGGUAAAAACUCGCCAGGAAUUUGUUGUGACCCUUGGCGUGUCUGGGGAGGGUGUCAGUCAAGCAGUUGGAUAAGUUUAGGAGUACAAGUGUUCAUCUGUAUGAGUCAUUAGGUUGGGGGUAGAGAGCCUCUGAGAGUCUGUGCCACUGAGGCCACUGAUUUUGAAUGAGGGUUAAGAGGUGAGAGGAAGUUUAUGACUGAAGAGGGGACAUCAAGUGCAGCACAAGUGGAGGGCAGCCAUCACUGUCUGGCAUCAGGUGAUUCUUGGUGGCUGAGGUUGAAGCAAGGAACAGAGUCAGGAAGAUAGGCCUUCCAAGCAGGAUAGAGGCUGUCUAUGACAGUAGAAACCAUCAGAGAUCUGUGUAGCUGUCUCAGUUUGCCAGGCAGAGGGGUGAAGGUGGCUGUGGGAGUGAGACUGAGCGAGUAUGGUUCAAAGAAUGAUGUGCACAUGGAGAGGGAGUGUGAACUGAAGGACCCAAGGCCCUGGCAUUGAGGACUUAAGGGUGAAAGGUGAACUCACAUUUCAUUGUGUCUAGGAAGCAUCAUCUGAAAGACUCUUGGGGAACUGCCUGACAAGAAGGGAUGCAACCCUACAUACUGGGCCCAAAGUUUAGAUGUGGUACAUCCUGCUCACAUCCUGGUUGGUGCUGUAGAAGGACACAGUGAUUACUGGGACCAUGAGGAGAGAGUGGGCAUCUGUGUCACCAGGGCCUGUAUUUCCUUUAAGGUGGGGAUGAAUGAGCGGGUGGAUGAACUUGAUUGUGGAGUGACCUGUCCCCAUCAUGACAGGGCUGUGUGACCUUUGAGGACAUCGCCAUUUACUUCUCACAGGAAGAGUGGGGACUUCUUGAUGAGGCUCAGAGAAUCCUGUACCUUGAAGUGAUGCUGGAGAACUUUGCCCUUGUAGCCUCACUGGGUUGUGGCCAUGGAACAGAGGAUAAAAAGACACCUUCUGAGCAGAAUGUUUCUAUAGGAGUGUCACAGUCAAAGGCAGGUUCAUCCACACAGAAUACUCAACCCUGUGAGAUGUGUGUCCCUGUCCUGAAAGAUAUUUUGCAUCUGGCUGAUCUCCCUGGGCAGAAACCAUACUUGGUUGGAGAAUGUACAAACCGUCAUGAGCCCCAGAAGCAUCACAGUGCAAAGAAAUCCUUCAAGAGGGAUAUGGACAGAGCCUCAUGUGUGAAGCGCUGCCUAUUCCGUAUGUCAUUGAAGCCCUUUUGCAAAUUGGAAGUUGGGAAGGACCUACCAGCCAUGUUGGGGCUUCUGAGGUCCCUGGUCUUUCCUGGAGGCAGGAAGCCCAACACAGUUACUGAAUGUGAGGAAGACAUUCACAGUCAAGAAAGUCAUUACAGGUCAGGUGAAUGUGGGAAGGCUUCCAGCCACAAACACACACCUGUUCACCAUCCAAGAGUUUACACAGGAAAAAAGCUUUAUGAGUGUAGCAAAUGUGGGAAAGCCUUCCGUGGCAAGUACUCACUUGUUCAGCACCAGAGAGUACAUACUGGAGAAAGACCUUGGGAGUGCAGUGAAUGUGGAAAAUUCUUUAGCCAAACCUCCCACCUUAAUGACCAUCGGAGAAUCCACACUGGAGAAAGGCCUUAUGAGUGCAGCGAAUGUGGGAAAUUAUUUAGACAAAACUCCAGCCUUGUUGACCACCAGAAAAUACACACUGGAGCAAGGCCUUAUGAGUGUAGCCAGUGUGGGAAAUCUUUUAGCCAAAAAGCCACCCUUGUUAAACACCAAAGAGUUCACACUGGAGAAAGGCCUUAUAAGUGUAGUGAAUGUGGGAAUUCCUUUAGUCAAAGUGCCAUUCUUAAUCAACACCGAAGAAUUCACACUGGAGCAAAGCCUUAUGAGUGUGGCCAGUGUGGGAAAUCCUUUAGUCAAAAAGCUACCCUCAUUAAACACCAGAGAGUUCACACUGGAGAAAGGCCUUAUAAGUGUGGUGAAUGUGGGAAAUCCUUUAGUCAAAGCUCCAUUCUUAUUCAACACCGGAGAAUUCAUACUGGAGCAAGGCCUUAUGAGUGUGGCCAGUGUGGAAAGUCCUUUAGCCAAAAGUCUGGUCUCAUUCAACACCAAGUGGUUCACACUGGAGAAAGGCCUUAUGAGUGUGACAAAUGUGGGAAUUCCUUUAGCCAAUGCUCCAGCCUCAUUCAUCACCAAAAAUGUCAUAACACGUAGAGGCCCCAUGAAUGCAGCAAAAGUGGAAGCGCCUUUAACUCAAGAUCUAUCAUCAUUAACUCCUGAAAGUCCACACUUCAGUAGAGCCUUAGGCCUACAAGGAAUGUUCUGUCUCUGUGGUAUUGUAGCAGUAGAGAGCCUUUGUGAGGGAGCCAUCUGCCUGAAGUUGAAUCUCAUUCUACCUUGCUUCUCUGGUAGAAACCAUCUCCCCUCUACCACCUUGCACUGUGGGGAUUGGUCACCCUGAUGUGCUAAAGCAAGGCUGACAUCUGUGUGUUCUCUUAGUCUUUGGAGGAAAUCUUGAGUAAUCUGAGCCUUUAAAGAAAAUUCAUUCUCUUUUCUGACUGAUCACAGCAUACAUGUGACCCAGUUUUGGUCAGGAGGGCCCAGCCAUGGUUCUGCUGGACACUUAUGUGCAAGGAUUCCCUUCAUGGAAAUUCUUGGUCUCACAGGACACUUGGUCAUUCUUCUAGCCUCCAAGUCACUACCUGGUGAAUGGCUGCCUCACAUUGCUCCAGUUUGAACACUAAUAAAGGCCUUAUAUUUGAAUCUA